CUGUGAUGUUUGACUGACCCUUCGCCGGCGCAGACGGUUGCUAGGGCGUUGCGAGAGCAUUGCAGCAUUCCUUUUGAGAGCUUCUUCCUCGCCGCCGGCUUAGGGGAUGGAAGGUUUGCCUACUUUUCCGGGCCCAACCCCAUACCGGAAGAAGACAUCCUCAAGGUGUUUCGGAGAGACAAGUUUAUGCAGUUUCAGAAAGGAGCGUCGCUGAGGGAUGGCGUCGCGGAAGGGUACGAGGACGAACAUGACACCGAUGUCCAUUAUUCCAUCCAUACCUCGCUUCCCGUGGAGGACCACUGGCCGGUGGAACCGAGCCGCAGGAAACGGCCGAGGAAGCAGCGCAUGACGCGGCGCCAAUUGGACGACGUGGUUCCGCCCGUCGUCAUGAACUCGAAGAAGGUCCUCACCAUUGGCGACUCGGAGGCCGUCCUGAACUUCUACGACCGCGGCUUUAAGUGCAUCCAGCAGACUGCUUGCAAAGAGGUUGCCAAGGCCUUCGUCAAGAUCAUCGCCCCCAAGAAGCAGGCCAACUUCCCGUACGUGAAGGGGGAUGCCGCAGCUCCAGACUGGUGGCCCAAGCCCUGGGGUCCUGGUGAGAAAGACCGGGCCCGCCACGUCGAGCCGGACCAUAUGUGGAAGAAAGGUUCGGCCUCUCUCUCUGUCUCUCUCUCUCUCUGUGUGUGUGCUUUGGAGCGGCCCCAUCACGAGGGAAGAUCUGACCAGAAGAGACAGAGCGCGUCCACCUUCUGAAGCACAUCUUGAGGUUGAUCAUCGACCCCGAGACCCAACCGCCGAGCAUCCGGAAGUUGGGAGUGAUCCCUGUGGCCAGGCUCGAGGCCGCCGCCAUGGAUUCGCUCGCUGAGUUCUUUGCCGACCCCAACAAGCCCAAGAACGCAAAGAAGAAACCGAUCUUGAAGGAGCUCUUCCGGGUUGCCAAGAUGGAGGAGAGGUACAAGAGAAACGAGAUCGAUGCCAGCACCCAGGUGAUCGUGACGGCGGAUGACAUGGUCAUGAACCACUGUUUCGACCUGGAUGAGGAAGAGGACGACGAGGAGGAAGCCGAGAGCGGCCCCGCCGGUUCGGCCAUGUCGCACGUCUCCCCAACCCGGGCCGCUGCCAUGCCGCUGCUUCCGCCACUGUCCUCCCCCCCGGGUGGCAACGCGGCUCACACCCUGGCUGCGCAGUUCCAGCCCACACCGUUCCUCAAUGACCUCCCGAUCCGCGCCAACCAGUACGGCGAGUCCGCCAUGCUGCCCUCCUCCGACGUCGCCGCGGACCACCAGUACGCCGCCUACCCGGACAGCCACAACCUGGCUGCUGCCGCCCAGACGACGGCCGCUAUGCAGAUGCAGGACAUGCUCGCCGGCGCAGGCCCGCACCAUCAGCACCAGGACACAAACCGCCGCCCUUCCGCGCUCUUCACCCCGACCAGCGUCGAGUUCAGCAGUCCGUCGCCGCCGGCCCUCUACCACCACGCCGCAACGUCGUGGCCACAGACGCCCACCGCCGCCGCGUCUGCCUCCCCGGAUGCCUCCACCGCCACCCCGCUCUUCUCGUUCGUCCACGGCAUCCCCCCAAACCCUCACCACCAGCAGCACCACCAGCAGCACCACCAGCAGCAACACGGACACGACGCCGGUGAGGGCGGCGGCCUUCCAGCACUCCCCAUGCCCAUGCCGCCGCUCAUGGUCCAGCCGUCGUCAUACGCAGCAGCGGCAGCGGGGACAGCAGGGCAGCAGCAGCAGCAACAGCAGCAGCAGCAGUACCACCAUGCUGCUGCUGCCGCCGCCACCACGCCUGCCUCGUUCGACCCGCUCGGCCAGCGCCACCACCACCACCACCACCACCAUGCUCACCCUCAUUCUCACCACCCGGCGCAGCAGCACCAGCACCAGCACCAGCAAAACCCUCAGGCCCAGCAUCAGGCCGUGUUCCGGCCCGGGAACAUGCAGCUCCCUCUUCAGUAGUGCAAUACGCAGCAGGUUGCUGUGAAAGCCUAGCUCUCCGUCGUGGUCGUGCGGGGCGGCGAGAGGCAUCGGUCUGGUGCUGCUGGUACUGCUGCUUGGCCGUCGAUCAUCAUCUCUCUACUUAACUUUUUUUUUGUUUUGUUUUUGGAAGCUGGAUAGGUGGAUGGGGGAGUAUACACCAACGGCAGGGGC